AUGGACCCACCCGUAUUCAUUGGUAAUAAUAUCCCUCCCGGCCCAUCCGUUAACAUCGAGGAUAUCUUCAUCAUCAGCCCAUGGUCCGCUGGCCCGUGUUAUACGGGAUAUUAUGCACAUCAGUUGCCUCGUAUAAUACGGAGUUUGCCACUGAAGGGGCUCGAUGGCAAGCCAUGUCCGGUAGUCACGGAUAGGUGGGAUUUGUUUGAUGAAGAUGAACAAGAAGACCACUUUGAACCUGAAGAUCUACCUUCUGUAUCGGGACCCGAGUUCCAGCCCAAGGAAAAUACAAUGGUCAUCGUUGACAAGUCAGGAGUCCAUCGCCUCAAGGUUCAAUGCUGUGAUUGUCCCGAUGCCAUGAGUCCAGACAUUCAAAUGUUUCAACAUGGCUUUUUCCCUGCAUCAUUUAACAAGCCGAAGACCGUGUUCACCUUCAGAGUGCUAGAUGAUUUUCUGUUGGACAACCUUGAAUGCGGCACCUCAGCGAUGAACUAUUACAGCAAGCUUCGGCGAAUGACCUCGAGCGUGUUUCCACACCUUGUUCCGGACCAAUACAGAGAGCUUAUGAGAGUCGCUCGACAGUGGAGGCAGUUAAAGUCUAUGAAAUGGCAUGGCUUCGGGCAUAGUUCUGACAACCCGAAUGCCAGAGAUUUCGCAUUAUUCUGCCUGGCAUGUCCUCAGCCCGGGAUUAACAUAUCCUUGUCAGGGGGUGGGUUGCUUGAUGACUGGAAAUACACCCAGUCAUUUGUGAUGGACGGAAAUUUCAAAGCCGAACACCUGCAUCCCAUCAAGCCAUAUGAUGAAGUAUGGCUCUUUGAUGGGUUGGGGUUUAUGGUGGGAAAGGAAAUGUAUCAAAAGCAUCUUGAAGAGGCUGCUGACACUGUGGAAAAAUCGAGCUGCAACAAUCAUCGGGCUGUCAAUCAAGCAAAUGCAGCUUGGCACAAGCUGGAGUCCACUGGCAUCGGGGGAAUUUCCAGAAAGGCGAAAGGCAAGCUGGACAUGCCGUUCAACAUUCCCGAGUUGACCCACAACAUGGAUGGGAUUACAAGGGCUGUCACCUUCUAUGACAUCAACUGUCAAUACAACAAGCACUUGCAUGUUCGGGUGGAUCGAGGCCGAUUUCUGACAAUGGUUCCGGAAUUGACCGUCAUUCCCGGAAUUGGGCUGUGGCACAUGCAUGGACAUCAGGAUAGCUGCUAUGUCAGAUAUGCGUCGAAUUUCAUUGAAGGCAUUGGUUGCAUUGAUGGAGAGAUCAUGGAGCUCCUAUGGGCACGUCUCAACCUGAUUUCUCCUGCUGCUCAGGGAAUGUCUUCCCUGCAUCGGAAGGAAUGUCUUGAUUUCCAGAUGAACGAUUCCAACUUUUGCAAGAUGAUCCGCAUGAAGAGGACCCUUUGCCGGAAAUACAAGCAGGCGAAGACUGGCAUCGCCGAAAGUGGAAAGGCUUUCGACAGACUCGACGAAGCCGCACCGGCCAACUUAAAGACAGACUGGUUAGCAAGUGAGAGGAUCACUCAGUCCAACAGAAUACAAGAUCCAGCUGCAAUGGAUAUAUAUGAGAUUAAUAUCAAGAAGGGUGAGAUCACUCUGUCUCGAUCAAAGUCUGAAUUCAUUUUGAACCCAGCACUGAGCAAAAAGGAGAUAGAGCUUAGACUGCUGCAGGAGGACAUUCUCGAUGAUCUCAAUGAUGACCUGGAGGAUUUCAUUGGGAAGUCCGAUACAUGGACAAACUCCCCCAAGCUCACUGUCAUCCCAUUGCCAUCAAACCUCGGGGUAGAUCGAUCCAAACAUUGUAUGGCAGAGGAUCUGAUUCCGCUGGAGUCGUCACUUCGUGAAGGACAGGCCAAUGAUGCCCUUCACAACCUCUGA